AUAUAUUCCUCAUGGAGUUAACGCCCAUUGUAAAAUCACUCUCGUUUUCUCUCUCUCUACUGCGUUUCUGUUUUCCUGAGUGUUCACUUUCUCUCUCUAGACUUAUCAGAAGUAGUAGAACCUGAAACACAAGAGGAGAAAAAAAAAAAAAAAAAAAAAACUGGCAGAGGCAGAGCCUUAAGCUUUUGCAGAUACGACACUUCCACAUUCCCAUUAUUAUCCUUCUCUUCUCUCUCUCUCUCUCCCUCUCUCUCUCUCUCUCUCUCUCUCUCUCACAGUUAGUUAACUAACGGUUUUUUCCCCUCUCUUCCCAAUUUGCCCCUCCUUCCCCUUUAAAUUUACAUUUACAUGCCAUUGGCCCUCGUCUGUAAGAUCUGAAAAUUUUCUAACCAGUGACCACCAUGAUUACUUGGAAGGACCUUUACACCGUCUUGACGGCGGUGGUUCCUCUGUACGUGGCGAUGAUCUUGGCCUACGGCUCCGUCCGGUGGUGGAAGAUCUUCUCGCCGGACCAAUGCUCCGGCAUCAACCGCUUCGUCGCGAUCUUCGCAGUCCCUCUCUUGUCCUUCCAUUUCAUCUCCACCAACAAUAUCUACGCCAUGAACUUCCGCUUCAUCGCCGCCGACACUCUCCAGAAGAUCAUCAUGCUUUCCGUCCUCGCAAUCUGGACGAAUUUCACCAAGAACGGAAGUCUGGAGUGGAUGAUCACGAUCUUCUCUCUUUCCACCUUGCCUAACACCCUAGUUAUGGGAAUUCCCCUUCUGAUCGCCAUGUACGGGGAGUAUUCCGGAAGCCUCAUGGUUCAGGUCGUGGUUCUGCAGUGUAUAAUCUGGUAUACGCUUCUCCUUUUCCUGUUCGAGUAUCGCGGCGCCAAGAUGCUGAUCAUGGAGCAGUUUCCGGAGACGGCGGCGUCGAUUGUGUCUUUCAAGGUCGACUCCGACGUCGUUUCUCUCGACGGAAGGGACUUUCUCGAGACCGACGCCGAGAUCGGCGACGACGGGAAGCUCCACGUGACGGUGAGGAAGUCCAACGCUUCGAGGCGGUCUCUGGCGAUGACGCCGCGGCCGUCGAACCUCACCGGAGCCGAGAUUUACAGCCUUAGCUCGUCCCGGAACCCUACGCCGCGAGGCUCCAACUUCAACAACGCCGAUUUCUACUCCAUGAUGGGAGUCCAGGGCUUCCCGGCCCGGCAUUCCAACUUCGGCCCCGCCGACCUCUACUCGGUUCAGUCCUCGCGCGGCCCGACCCCAAGGCCGUCGAAUUUCGAGGAGAAUUGCGCGCCGAUGGCCCAGACGAUCGCCUCCCCGAGGUUCGGAUUCUAUCCAGCGCAGACGGUUCCUUCGUCGUACCCUGCUCCGAACCCGGAAUUCGCGUCCGCAGUGACUAAAAAUGCGAAGAAUCAGCAGCCGCCGACGCAAGAUAAGCCUCCGCAACAACAGCAGCAGCAACAGCAGAGCUCAGUGAGCAAAGCGAACCACGACGCGAAAGAGCUCCACAUGUUCGUGUGGAGCUCGAGCGCCUCGCCGGUGUCGGAAGGCGGCGGACUCCACGUGUUUGGCGGGACGGAUUUCGGCGCCUCGAACGAGCAAUCAGGACGGUCCGAUCAGGGUGCGAAGGAGAUCAGAAUGUUGGUCGCUGAUCACCCUCAGAAUGGAGAAAACAAAGCUGUUCCGGACAGUGAGGGAUUUGCUGGAGAAGCGUUCAGCUUUGCUGGGAGGACCGUCGAGGGAGACGAUCAGGAAAGGGAAAAGGAUCAGAUGGGUCCCACUGGACUCAACAAACUGGGGUCCAGCUCGACGGCGGAGCUACACCCAAAGAUCACUGAAAACCCGGACGCCGGUGUCGGAAAGCAAAUGCCUCCGGCGAGUGUCAUGACCCGUCUGAUCUUGAUCAUGGUAUGGAGGAAGCUUAUCAGAAACCCAAACACCUACUCCAGCCUCAUUGGUCUCGCUUGGUCUCUCGUCUCUUUCCGGUGGCAUGUGAGUAUGCCGGCAAUAAUAAAGCAAUCAAUCUCCAUACUGUCAGAUGCAGGGCUUGGUAUGGCUAUGUUCAGCUUAGGUCUCUUUAUGGCCCUUCAGCCCAAGAUAAUUGCAUGUGGGAACUCGGUAGCCACCUUUGCCAUGGCUGUGAGGUUCCUUACUGGCCCGGCGGUCAUGGCCGCGGCCUCCAUUGCCGUUGGCCUUCGUGGUACUCUUCUCCAUGUAGCUAUUGUUCAGGCUGCACUUCCACAAGGGAUUGUUCCUUUUGUUUUUGCCAAAGAGUACAAUGUCCAUCCAGCCAUCCUUAGCACUGCGGUGAUAUUUGGCAUGUUGAUAGCAUUACCAAUCACUCUUCUCUACUACAUAGUCCUUGGAUUGUAAAUUAUGGCAUGCGUUUCCCUAAUUAGCCGAGAUACAAAAGCCAAAUGAAGAGAUCAGUUUUUCAUGAAUAUUGACUAAUUGUGUGUCACACUCUAGGGGGAUCAGGAUCAUCGAAUUAAACUCGAAUUAUGUUGUUAGCACAUGAGGAUUUCUGGGAAGAUCAAGAAGAUUGGAGAAUGCCCCGAGAUUUGCUUCUUCCAAAAUUGUUGGAGCUUAGAAGAAUUUGACUUAGUGAAUGAAAAAAAAAAAAAAAAAAAAAAGCCCUGUUAUAAGCAUCAUUUGCCCCCACAUUAAAAGCCAAAGCUUGUCUAAUUUUCUAAAGCACGAGGGGGGGAAACCAACGCAAGCUAGCCUCCCCGUGUAGCCUAAGGGAGACAAGAUGAGAGGGAAACCAGGAAAGGAAAAAAAGGUAGUAUAGUCAAUGAUAUGUAAUUCAUUCUCUUCAUUUUGGGUUAGGCAUGUAGUUUUUUAAUAGUCUGAUUGUGAAUGAAUUGAAGGGAAAAAAAAAAAGAAAAAAAAAAGAAAAAGGAAUAGGAGAAGAGAGCAUAUUCUAUUACUAUUGUUA